AUGCGAUACUACAACCUAGUGAGCAGAAUAAGUUUAGGCAAAAAUUUUAGAGCGAACCUGCAGGGGAAGAGAACCUUUAGCGGAGGGGUGAGCGGAGAAAAGGGAAAAUACGCAAAGGAGGGAGGAAAGGGAAAGUAUAUCGUAUGCACGGCAGUGACAUCGGUAGCACUCUCCUUUGGACUGACAUAUGCAUACGAAAAUUAUAUUCUGUACAAAUGGAAUAACAAAUAUGAUUAUUCAUACAAUCCUUAUGUGAACGAUAUAGAAAAUAAAUUAAAAGAAAAAAAACAAGGAAAACGAGAAAAAAAACAUGUAGCAAAAAAUAUAAUACUUGUAAGACAUGGACAGUACAUACGAAAAAACGCCACAGAUGAAAAUUCAAAAAAAUUAACAAAAGAAGGAUGUAAACAAGCAGAUAUGACUGGAAAAAAAUUAAAAGACAUUUUAAAAGACAAAAAAAUUAGCGUGAUAUAUCACUCAGAUUUAAUUCGAGCUAAAGAAACUGCAGAAAUUAUUAGCAAAUAUUUUCCAAAUGCUAAAUUAAUUAAUGACCCCAAUUUAAAUGAAGGCACUCCUUUUUUACCUGACCCUAUUCCUAAAAGCUCUAAAUUUGAUAAUAAUAAAAUUCAGGUCGACAAUAAAAGAAUUAAUAAAGCAUACGAGACUUACUUUUAUCGACCCCCUGGGGAGGAAGAUGAGUACCAGUUGGUCAUAUGUCAUGGUAAUGUUAUUCGUUACUUUUUGUGCAGGGCCUUGCAACUGCCUCUGUUUGCUUGGCUGCGUUUCUCCAGCUACAAUUGCGGAAUUACGUGGCUCGUGUUGGACGACGAGGGCUCCGUCGUCCUGCGAGAGUUCGGCUCCGUCUCGCACCUCCCCUUCGACAGCGUCACCUACUUCUGA